AUGCCUUCUCCCUACAAGGACCGGCAGCGCAUCCACGCAUGCCCUGUCGAAGGCUGCGACUACGGUGCCGUCUACCCCAAAGACCUGAAAUUGCAUCUGGCUCGAGCUCAAGGCGAGAGAGAUAGAAUGGGUCAGGAAUACAAGUUGGUGGAAUGCCAAGAUUGUGGAAAGAAGUGGUGUACUCGAGGUUGUAAGACAAGGCAUCAGUGUGAGGGAAAGCAGGAGGAGGAGGGCGAGGAAGAGAGGCGGCGUCGCAUUGCGGAAUAUGUCAAGAAUUUCAAUGCCCAGUAUGGCGGACAUAACGCUUGGCGGCAUCAAGCUCGAAUUCUGCACGGCGAGGGCCAGACCAGCGAGAGUAAGGAAAAGGGGAAGGCGAAGCUUUCGGCGGAGGAGCAGGCGGAGUUUGUGAGAGAGUUCAAUGCGCGGUAUGGGCAUCGGAAUGCGCAUCGACACACACGGGCAUCUGUCGAAGCGAAGGAUGAUGAUAUUGAUGCGAUUAUUGAGGAGCAGGAGCAGCAUGAGAUCGCUCUGGGCUUGCGUGGUCCAGGCACGACUGGUGGCCAGGCGGUGCUUUCGGAGGAGCAGCGGCAAGCAUUCGCUCCAGAGUUCAAUGCCAGAUAUGGUCAGCAGAAUGCGACAGCUGCCAAGCGUCCGACAGCUCCACACGACAAGCCACCCAGCGGAGACGGUGAGGACGACAUUGAUGCCAUCAUUGAAGCGCAGCAGCAGCAUGAACGCGCUCUGGGCCUGCAUGUCAACAACGGUCGCCACGUCGCUACUCGUGGCGGGCCAGUGCAGCAACGAGUAGCAGCUGGAAACAGUCAGCCACUUGAUGCGGAUGUCUUGGAGGAGAUCACCGCCGCCAUCACAGCUCAGCAGCAUCACCAGUUUGUUCGUGCCUUUUACGCACGUCACGGACAGCAGGCGCGUCCAGCGACCACGACGCCGCCGCAGCAGACGUCAUCUCGCGCACGUCAGUCACGCAAUGUGACUGGCAUCGACGGCAGUGGACUGCUGGAAGAUCCUUUCGUCGAUCCCGCUCCUUCUUUCUUCCCCCAAACUCCAUCUCGACGCAGAAAGAGAGAGGAAGACGACGAGGAAGAGCUCACUCCAGCCAGCAAGCAAUCGUAUCCAGGCGUCCCUUACGACCAGCGAAGAUUCAUCUGCCCCAACACGCCCUGCGAAUACGCUGCGAACAAGAAGCACACGCUUGACGGUCACCUGGAGGCGGCGGCGCGAGAAACAGCAAAACGUGGAGGGCAGACUCAUGUCCCAUGCAUGCACUGCCGCAAGCAAUUCUGUACUCGUGGCGCGGUAGGAAGGCACGACUGUGACGCUCUACAAGAUCAGCUUGAGCAGGCAGGUGAGCUGGUCGAAAGUGAAGCCGCACCCGACACAUCAAGCAACCACAACCGUCAACGCAUCUUCAUGUCCGACGCCGAACUGGACGCCGCAAUUGCCCACUACGACCGCAAACUUCAACAAUCCGCACACCCAUCGCCAGCCCCAUUCGAACUCCCAAUGGAAACCCACCAAGACCCCCUCCUCUCCCUCCUCCGCUCCCCAUCACCCUACAUCAAACCCGAAGCAACCCCCGAACCCCCCCUCCCAGGCCCCGACCGCAUCUUCCCCUCCACCUCCACCCACAAACCGCUCGCCCUCGGCCCCUCCUCCGACACCGGCCACUGGGUCUACGACGCCCUCGAAAAAGACUACCCUUUGCUAUCCUCCGAACUCAUGGCUCAAAUGGUCUACUCCGUAGAAAUGGGACCUCUACAGUACGUCUGGCCCAGCGACGUCGUGUACCUCCGCAAACUCCCCCGUUUGGCGGCUUUGGGCGAGAAUAUCCAGCUCGUCUGGGAAGAGGGAAAGUUUGAUGUGAAUCGGAGGAGUGAGUGGGACGUUUUGAUGAGGGGACGGCUGAGGCAUUUGGGCAUGGAGAAGGAGCAGAUCCGCGUGAAGGGCGCGUUGGUCGAGGGACACGAGAUGGGGGAGAAGGAGGCGGAGGAGUUUGUUUGGGGGGAGGAGUUUGUGGCCGGUCUUUAUGAGAGGGCAAAUCGGGGCGAGUUGGAUCCGAGUGUGCAGGAGGCGGAGGGAUGGUUUGCGGAAGAGGUGAGGAUGCAUGAGGAGAAGCAGGAAGAAGCGAUGGUUCAUUCAAGCUCAAGCUGUGUAUGUAACCCCACCCCACCUGACUGUAAAUCCUCAGCAAGCAAGAUGGCACAUCUGCCCGUGUUUGGGAAUCCAUUAGGCAUUCCGAUUCCGAAUCAUAUCCACGCUCUCAGAUCUUCCCCCUCGCAUCCUGCCAUUCUCUCCCUUUAUAAACAAUCCUACGCUGAAGCUGAACGCAAUGCUUCCACACUAUCUAACAUUUGUAUGAGAUUCGCCGCUCCCAUUCGACGCUAG